GCAAUUUUUAGACGGUACCAUCUAUAUCAACAAGUCCUUCGCUCCCUCCUCUUCCUCCCCGAAUCUAGUUCUCUCUCUCUCUCUCUCUCUCUCUCUCUCUCUCUCUCUCUCUCACUUUAUCGCUCUAUCGCCGGUGGCUUGUGAUGGCAAAGAACCAAGCAAGCCUUCUUCUGCAGAAGCAGCUCAAAGAUCUGUGUAAGAACCCGGUUGAUGGUUUCUCUGCUGGGAUCACGAUAAGUCAUUUCGUUUAUUUAAAAGUCAUCGCAUGUGACGUUGAAGGUGGUUUUUUCAAUGCAAUUAUGCAGUUUCCAAAUGAUUAUCCAGUUAGUCCACCAACUGUGACGUUCACCUCGGAGAUGUGGCAUCCUAAUGUUUACUCUGAUGGAAAAGUUUGUAUAUCUAUCCUUCAUCCUGCUGGUGAUGAUCCUAAUGGAUACGAGCUUGCCUCAGAACGUUGGAGCCCUAUCCAUACGGUAGAAAGCAUUGUGUUGAGUAUCAUAUCGAUGCUCUCGGGUCCUAACGAUGAGUCACCGGCGAAUGUGGAAGCUGCAAAAGAAUGGAGAGACAACAGAGCAGAGUUUAGGAAGAAAGUGAGUCGCUGUGUAAGAAGAUCGCAAGAGAUGCUAUGAACAUCUCUUCUGCGUUUUUGUGUUAUAGAAAUUUCGAUUCUAGGCUAAGAAGAAGAAUCCUCAAGCAGCAGAAUGAGGCUCUGUCUGCUCAAAAGCUUUUUUUUGUUUAACUUAACUUUCUUUUUUGUUCUUUGGGUUUGUCUUUAAGAAUAUUGUGGUGGAAUCAAAUCCAGUCCACAUUUUAGGAUUAUAUUCUUACCGUCGUUAAUGGAUUCGUUUUCAUAUUCACUU